CUUUUAGUUUUUGACUGCUUUUUGGAAACUGUCUAUCCUAGCCUCGUCAAACUCUUACCUAUCGAUCUAAUCAAUCAAUAUUAUUAAGUUCGACGCUUUGCGAUCAUCAUGCGGACUCCAAAAUAGUUGACCUAAGUCACGUUCACCCAAAAUAAUUUCAAACUAACGCAAUCUGUUUCAGAAUUACAUUUUAAUGGACAGUUUGCUGUUUACAGCGAUGAUGAAGAAAAAUAAAAAGUCUGUCGAUCUUGUUCCCAGUAUUUAACAGUUUUUUCACUACACGGCAAGACUGCAGUCAUUUUGAGCCAAACCUUCCAUUUCCAAUUAAUCUAGAUUUCAGAGCCUCAGGCUAUCAUCAGCGGCAGUGUGCCAGGAGGCAGUGGUGGAACACUUUGAGAAAUAAUAGUGUUGAGUCCAAAGCAGCAUUACAUCCAGGCAGUACACUAGCUGCAUUUCUGUCAUGUCAUAUUCAAGGUCUGACUGAUGCUCUCUUAAUUAUAUCUUCUUGUUUCACCCUCCACUUCUGCAACUUUUCUGACAAGCACCACCUAAAGCUUAUCUCGAUGAAAUACUCAAAAUAAUUGCACACCGUGGAUUGAAUCUAGCAUUCAUUUUAAUUGCCCUUUUCAAAUGUUCUCAAAACUCAGUUAAAAUGUGUGAUACAGCAUGAUGGACAUUUGGCUAAAGAUGCUUCCUAAUCAAUUUCAUUUGCACAUUUGUCAUUGUUUAUUUUCCAUGUUUAUCUAGCUUUUUAGUAUUGAAUUGAUAAUCACUAUGAAGCUUAGGCUGAACAGUGUUUGAGGUAGCAUAUCUAUAUUGGUACUUUACGAUUUGUAUCCAUUUUUAAAUUAGCAACAUUCUAAAUGUAAUGACAAUGUUACAUCAUAAUGAUAGUUAUCACGCAGCAAAAACGGCCAAUGACUACUUUUCCAGUGGAAAUGUAUUUUGCCCAGUCAUCUUAGGUGGCCUGUCCUCAGUCGAACUGGAGAUGCCUCUCACUCACUGGAAAACAGACUGAUGUCAAUGUCCUAAAACAAACAGGAAGUCAAGAUACCUGGCAUGGUGUCACUAUGAAGGAUUAACAAAGAGGAUAUAGUCUAUUUUACAGACUACUUUCGAUCAUUAUCUGAUUUAAAAUGGUUCUUUAUCAACAAAAUCACUUACAGGAUUGGUUUAGUGUGUAGUGAGACUCUGUGAGUGUAAGAAGGAGGAUUUCAGCCCCCAUCAUCCAGGCUGAGAGGCCCCUCAGCUGGCUGGGAGCCACGGGCAGCAGGGAGGUCAGGUAUUUUAAUACACCUUAGCCAGGAGAGGACAUUGUUAACAUCAGAGUACAAGAGGCAAAGAAUGGGAACAACUGUUUCGACUUUGCAUAUGCCAUCAGACAGAACGAAUAUAACAUCAAAAGAGUCUCUUUUUAGAAGUUAGUGAUAAGUAACUAAAUGCCUAUCAAUAUUCUUGGCCACUGAAAGCCCUCUGUCAAUGUCCAUGGAGCAGGUCAUUAACACUCCAUGAUACACAUUUGUGGAUCUAGUCCAAUACAAUUAGCACCUGUUGAUGCAUAGUGUCUUCACAUCUUUCCCCACAGAGCCAAAAAUACCCAGCUAUUGUGAAACGUGACGGAUUCCCAAGUCAACCUGUUUACUUCACUUUAGGGAUUCAAGGAUAUUCGGUUUGUCAUUCUGCAACGUAUGGCACCAAAACAAAAUGCAUUUUAUGCCUAGUACAUUUUUUGCUACACUAGAAAACAGAACAAAAACAGUAACUUACCUCUGUUUUCCCCAAUUGAUUCCUGCUGUUAACAUUACAUUUCAUGUUAUUUAGCUCAUGCUUUUUUUCCUUUUCGAAUCGACUUACAUAUACUAACAUACUGUAAACAUGCCUAUAUGAUUAAUUAAGAGUUGGGUAUCUUGACCAAGGACACUAGGACAUGUUAACUGCACUGACCCUUUGGUUGGUAGCUCAGCGCAUUGACCCUCCGUAACUGUGGCUAGUGGCGAUCAAGGGACACACCGAACACAGAGCAGUGACUGACUUUAGCUGUGCAGCAGAUGUCGGGGGGCCCCUUUUUUGUUUGUCUCCCUAAAACAACAUGCCGUUUUAUUCCAUUGGAAAUAAUACUGUGUGUACAUGUUCGUGUAGAUGCGUGUACACAGCCGCAGAAACCAGAACAGAGUGGUUAUGUUUUCCGAGGACGUAUGCUAGUUUACUCUGAGAGGAAAAACCAUGCAGCAAACAACAGCCACAACAAGUCUAAACAGAGUGAUGGAGCCCAUGACGGUGACGACGUCGGUGGUCGGACCGGACGAGUUCGACCGCAACGCCCCGCGGAUCUGCGGCGUGUGUGGCGACAAGGCCACUGGCUUCCACUUUAACGCCAUGACGUGCGAGGGCUGCAAGGGAUUCUUCAGGCGCAGCAUGAAGCGUAAAGCCUCCUUCACCUGUCCAUUCAAUGGGACCUGCACCAUCACCAAGGACAACCGACGUCACUGCCAGGCCUGCCGCCUCAAACGCUGCGUCGACAUUGGCAUGAUGAAGGAGUUCAUCCUGACAGACGAGGAGGUUCAGAGGAAGAAGGACAUGAUAAUGAAGAGGAAAGAGGAGGAAGCAGCCCGUGAGGCGAUGAGGCCACGUCUAAACGAGGAGCAGGCCCGCAUCAUCUCCAGUCUCGUGGAAGCCCACCACAAGACUUACGAUGCCUCCUAUUCCGACUUCUCCCGCUUCAGGCCUCCAGUGCGUGAAGGUCCAGUAACACGCAGCGCCAGCAGAGCCGCCUCCCUUCACUCUUUGUCUGACGCCUCCUCUGACUCAUUCAACCACUCACCUGAGUCUGUGGACACCAAGAUGAACUUCACCAGCCUGUUGAUGAUGUACCAGGACGGGGCGAGCAGCCCUGACUCCAGCGAGGAGGACCAGAAGCUCUCCAUGCUGCCCCACCUGGCAGACCUGGUGUCCUACAGCAUCCAGAAGGUCAUCGGCUUCGCCAAGAUGAUCCCAGGCUUCAGGGAUCUGACGGCAGAAGACCAGAUUGCUCUGUUGAAGUCGAGCGCCAUAGAGAUCAUCAUGCUGCGUUCAAAUCAGUCGUUCAGUCUGGAGGACAUGUCCUGGAGCUGCGGAGGACCCGACUUCAAAUACUGCAUCAACGACGUUACAAAGGCGGGUCACACUCUGGAUCUGUUGGAGCCGCUGGUGAAGUUCCAGGUUGGUCUAAAGAAACUCAACCUGCACGAGGAGGAACACGUGCUGCUCAUGGCCAUCUGCCUGCUCUCCCCAGAUCGCCCUGGAGUCCAGGACCACGGUCGCAUCGAGCAGCUGCAGGACCACCUGUCGGAGGCGCUGCAGGCCUACAUCCAGGUGAACCACCCGGGCGGACGCCUCCUCUACGCCAAGAUGAUCCAGAAGCUGGCCGACCUGCGCAGCCUGAACGAGGAGCACUCCAAGCAGUACCGCUCUCUCUCCUUCCAGCCCGAGCACAGCAUGCAGCUCACCCCGCUGGUGCUGGAAGUGUUCGGCAGCGAGGUGUCAUAGCAGUGGAGGAAGCCCGCUCACACACACACACACACACUCACCACACAUCACAGGAAGAUAUACCGACCCCUGCCGCCUUCUUUUCCCCGACGGAACCCCAGCUCUGAUAGACACAAGGGAGAAGGAUGGAUAAUCCCGUAGGUAGAUGGUCACCUUCACCUCCUCCUCAUCGUCACCUGACCUCGAGCGGCAAGGCUCCGGAUUUCCGGAUUUAAGACACCUGGAUAUGCUCUGCAUUUUUGCAGCACCUUGGAUAACCAGAUUAUAUUUUAACCUCUGGUACACAGUACCACAUUAAAGGUCAGGCAGAUAUCCUGACUCUGAAGUAGAUCGACAUCCUGAUCCUCAUUCGCAAACUCAAAUGAAAUAUCGCCUUUUUCUGCUCACCUCCUUUCCUUCCGGACAUCACUGCUAGAUUCCUGCCAUUUUCUUUUUGUUUUGACAGCGUGACGGAUGUGACGGUCACAUCCCCUUAUAACCUUCAUCCUCAUAACAAGUGCGAGGAAUAAAUUCACAGAUUUACAUCUAUUAACCACGCUGGCACUUGUUAGGUACAAAUUAUACGCAAGCAAUGUUCCUACACCUAGAUCGCUAUGUUGAUUUAUCGACAGCAAAGAUAUCCAAAUAUAUUAAACAUCAACACAGCCAGCUAGCUUACGAUAAUAUAGUGGAAAAACUUUAAAAAUUCUUGGUUAAGACAGGCUGUGUUUCUGUGUAUGUGCAGCUGGAGAAAAGAAAGGAAGUUACAGUAGGAAUGUUUCAGUGUGGUAACGGUGACAAGAGAAGUUGGAUUUGGAGUCACGGAGGUGUGGUAGCUGGAGGGAGGGAUAUGCUACGGUUGGAAUUCCCUGUUCACAAGACAAAGGGAAUUUCACAAAACAAGAAUGUAUGUAUAAUGCUAUAUAAAUAUAAAUGAUACGUAUAAGCUGAUAUAUAUGGGUAUAUAAAUAUAUAUAUAUAUAUAUAUAUAUACAUAUAUAUAUAUUUAAGAGAGCAUUCAUGGUUGCUUCCGUGGAAGCAAAUAUUGUUGUAUAAUGUAGAGGAUCUGAAGGCCCCUCCUCAGUUCUGUGUGUGUCGUCACAUAUAAGAAAGCGAUGAGAAGUGUGUGAGGAGUCCUUUUUUAUUUUUGUGAUGUGUGUACAGUAUAUGAGAAUCCUGAUGGACCACAAGGGGGUGCGUGCAGGCUUUAACCUGAGAGUGCAUGCAUUUUGUAGACUGACAUAAACAAACAUUGUGGAUAGAGAUUAUCCCCAACAAAAAAAUGUACUCGGCUGGUUAGAUUGCUGCUAAAACAGUUAGGGCCAGGUAGUUGGACAGAAACCGACUUACCGGCUGUUGCCUCAGGGAAAAGUUUGUCUGAUGAUUUUGUGUACUUGGUGUUUAUGGUGUGUGUGGCGUUAGCUUACAAUCAUAAGGCAGAGAUCGUUUUCGAAGCUCUAGGCAUCACUGUGACUUCUAAUCGAACUACAUAACAGUAUAAGUAAGCUAAACGUUUUUUGAAAUAACAAUUACUACAAAAUGUUUACUCUUUAUCUGUUCAUGAAAAACUUAAGAUGGUUUGUACAAUCCAUUAGAGAUCACUGUUAAAGCUGGUCUUCUCAUUAAAUGGCCACAUUAAAAAAAAACAGUGAUUUAUAUAAGCCUUAAGGUAAUUUUAUUCAGGGAAAAGUAAAGAUGAAGGAAGCAUUGUAACGUACAGCUGAACAGAGACCUUUUAUAACGAAACACGUAAUCAAGCGCCAUACUUCUUCUUUUUUGGGUCACAUUUUGAUCCAUUUCAACACCAGCCACAGAAGCAAGGUUUAGGAUGUUAAAACAUCACUACAUAUCAUUUCUCUCGACACAGUGCAUGCUCACCCUCUCUCGCAGGCCUGCAUCGCCCCCUUGUGGACAAACUCUGUAAAUACCACUUGCUAAGUCUGUACAUAGUUAGAGAUUAAUGUAGACAAAAUACUAAGAGAACUCAACUGUCGAUGGCAAGAUGCUCUGGAGAUGCAGCACUAUAUGCAAUUAGGAGAUGGACUCUUAUGUUGUAUUCAACUAGAAUGGACAGAGGUGGAGAUCCUGGUCAUGUGACUGAGCUGGUCGGAGCGUUUGAAAAAAGACUGCUGGACACGGGUUGGACCAGAAAGCUGAUAUGUUUUUUAUUUUUACAGUAUCACUUUCUAUGAUACCUAUCUAUACCUUAAAUGCAUUAUAAUCUGCUUAUGGCACUGUCUCAUUAUUAUUGGCCUUAUAAAUAUUCUUAAAUCUUUAAAACAAUAUCAAUUUAAGAACAUGUUAUAAUGACUUAUAAGGUCAAGUAUCAUACAACCUUAUAAUCACUUGCGUCAUAUAUCUUUAUUCCCAGAGUUGUAAUACUUUAUACUUUUUUUAUAUUAUGCAUAGUCACUGUUAUAAUGCACAUAUGUUACUUUAAGUGUGUUCUUGCAUAUAUAUAUUGAUUUAUACUUUAACCACUUAGAGUAAUUCAUAUUCAAAUUAUAAUGCAUAAUAGCAGAGAUAAUAAUGCAUAACGCAAAAAAGUUUUACAACUAUCAGAGUGACAAAUAUAAAGUAUCAUGAUGCUUGGCCUUAUAAGUCAUCAUAUAAAUGUUUUAUUUUGUAUGAUUGAAUAUUUUUGAGGUCUUUAACUAUAGUGCUAUAAAAAGUAUAUAACAUAUUUGAAUGAUGUCAUAACGCAUGGCCUCAUAGAAAGUGUUACGCUUAUCAUUUUCAGCCAAGUUAAAACUGUUUUAUAUAAAACAAAGAUACAGAUGGUGUGUCACAGAUCGACCUUUACCAAUGUAAUCCCUAAAAUAAUAAUAUUUGUAAGGGAAACUUCUGCAGAAAAAAAUACUUGCGAUUACUUUGACUAAUAUUUUAAUUGCAAUAUGAUUCACGGUAUUGGAGGGAUUGAUCCUUUUUGCAAAAAUAAUCGUCUUAUAUAUAUUUUAAGAAGAAGCUUUGUGUCAUUUUAAGAGAGGAUCCGAAACAAACAAACAUGUGUUAUUAUCUCCUAUUGUGCAUCUUUCAAUUUUAAUAUUGCACAAGUGCAAGUUCCGUCUUUGAUACAAUUCAAAUGCAUUGUGCAGUUCUUAUAAUAAUGAAUAGUAAUAAUAGGUGUCCAGCAUUGGUCCAACCCUGUCCUGAUUAGGGUUGCAAAGGGUCGGAACAUUUCCGGUAAAUUUCCGGAAAGUUAAGCUGGGGAAUUUUGGAAAUAUUCGAUGCAAAAUUAAACAAAAAACAUGACAUUUCAACAGAUUUUUCUUUUACAUUUUUUUUUUUUUUUAAGUAGAACAGAACAAGUUUUAAUUAUUUUAUUGAACAAUUAUUUGUUUCAUUGAAGAACGAAAACAGGAAUGUUGAAUUAAAUAUUACUCAUCCCCCCCCAACCCCACUCAUUAAAAAAAUAACAAAAAUGCACCCCCCAUCCAAAAAUCCCCACAAAGUCCCAUUCAAAAUGUUAAAUGAAAAGAGCCCUUCUCCCUCCAAAAAGUCCCAUUAAACAUGCACAUCUUCCUUCAAGCAAUCCUCUGCAUUUUUGCUAAACCCUUUCAGUCAACAGGCUCUUCCUGGGCCUCAUCAACAUCCAACUCUUCCUCUUCCUCUUCAGUGUCACUGUCCAGCCUUGUUGCGGAUGGCUCUGUGUCAGGCUCAAAGAGCCUUAGGUUUGCCCGAAUGCCAACCAGUUUUUCCACUCUCACAUUUGUGAGCCUGUUGCGAACCUUUGUGUGGGCUCAAUAGCUAUGUGCUAUGGCAUGGAUAUUCAAGUGUACUUGAAUGGCAUCUGUUUGUUUUAGUCAAGAUUAUGCUAAAAUAUACUUUCUCCAACUAUAUUUAAGUUCCCUAUGAAGAGCCAACCUUCAAUUUGGAAAAUUCCCAGUUUAUUCCCGUGGAAAGUUUCCAUCUUUGAAAAUUCCCGGAAUGUUGCAACCCUAGUCCUGAUGAUGCUCUUAUGAAUGUGAUGAUGGGACUCCGACGAAAUUUGUCGUGUAAUAAUUGAAAGGGUUCAUGUAGCCGAACAUUCCCAGUGGUGGAAGUGUCGAUCAUUCCGACUGGCUGAGUCUCGUCGCACCAUCCGGCAGCCUUUCUAAAAGACUCCUAACAGCUCAGUGCGUCCUCACCAGGAGGCGUCUGCUCUGUCCAUUCCGAGCUUAUGGAUGUAUAUCUUUUCUCUUUCUCUGUUUCUAAAGUCUAUCGAUAAGCUUUUGACAAUUAUACAGUAUAUCCAUUUCAUUUUGGUGAAAAUCUGUUUGUUUUGCUUCUCUUUAUUUUAUUUUCAAGAUUGUCAAUUUGAUUGUGUGUCAGUGUUUCCCUGCUAGCGCUUUGGCUUGCUGUGCUGGAGCCCGGUGGACUUCUGGAGCCUUUUUCCUACUGCAAGAUGAACAACUGGAUUUCAAGCAACUUCAUACGAAUUAGUUGGACAGGGAACGGACUCAUUCUUGUUCCUUUUGUUUGUGGAAUACGAAUAGAACCACCUGGAGCUCCACCCAAGAGGAACAAACACACAGAAGAGAAACAAUCGUUCCAUUGACAAAGAAAAAGGCAGAUCCCCCGCUCUGAAAAACAAAACCCGACAUGCGCUUUCCAGAAGCAGCAUGUCAAACAUAAUCAAGUGAUCAUGAACUAACACUGCCUCAAAUGACUGAUCCAGGAAUUAGCCAAUGGCCAACUGUUUUAGCAGCAGCAUGGGCGUGCUUCCUCAUCCGUCACCCAACCAUCUAACCACCUCUUCUUCUGCAAUAGCCAAUCACAGCAGGAUUACUCUUCAUAGCUUUAACUCAGCAGCCACACAAAACGGCUGAUGGGAGAUGUAGCUGCUUUGGAAUUGGACGUGUCACUUUCAAACUUUGAAAAAAAAAAAACAGACUGUAGAAAUCGGACCCCAGAAAACGUUGGUAUUUGACCUCCAGAAGACUGUGUAGAAUCUGUACAGAAGAUGUUAGGAGAUACAAUUAUUUUUCAAAAUGAGAAUCUACAGAUGUAGUGACGUGUUCUACAGGCAGCGGCGACUGAGGGAAAGUCGCCUCCAGAACCCAAAGUGUGACAUUCAUUUUCUGACUAUUUCUCGCAUUGCAGCUCUUGGAAUUUUAGACUUUAAAAAAAAAAAAGCGAAAGCAAAUACGAAAUCCAUUACAAAAAAACAUUAGUUAUUUAGCUUUGCUCCGCUGUUGUUCGACAUCACAAUGGAAUACUACAUUUGUAACGGUUGUACAUGACAGUUUUUGUUCACUAAUGGCUAACGUGAGUAUUGUAGCUGAUGCUCUCUCCCCUCUCAACCCAGGUCAGCUCCACCUCAGUAGCCUUACUUUCAGAAACCUCACUCUGGAUACAUUUAACAGAUACCUCAAUAUUUUACAGGAUGACUUCUUCACAUCAGCCUUUAAGGGAACCAAACAUUCACACAAACAUGCCAGAACUCUCCUCAGUUUUUAUUGCAAACGUACAGUAAACUAGUUGCCAGUAAACCAGUCAGUAUACCAGUGGAUCCCAAUGUUUCUACAUGUUAACCGUUUUUCUGCUUUACUCACGAGAUCUCUGUGUUUUCUCUAUCCGACUCUAUACCGAUGACGCUCCGCUAAGCUUUGGCGUGGCGUUUAACCCAACAUACUACCUCUCCUUCUCCGCACAUAUAUAUAUAUUCAAACAUAUAUAUAUAUAUAUAUUUGUCGCAGCAUGAUUGUGUUUGUGAUAAAGCAACCAUUUUUAUUUGUUGACAGUAAUUAAGGUUUAUUUUUUGUAUAUGUACAGUAGAUUCCUCUGUUUUCAAAUGCUGGAUUGUUUUAUACCUCAUAUCUCAACAUAAGCCUACACAUCUUUGGAGUCAGUUUAUUGGAGACCUCAUUACAAUCACUUUGUCACUGAAGUGUGGCAAUGUGGCUUAAGACCAACGUUCACAUAGCAGCUAAAAGAACCUCCGUUAUUUUGAGCAGUGAACAAUAUCCAACCUUUUCGACGUUUGUUUUAAAUAAACAAACGUAAAUAUUUUUUAUAUAUAUAUUUCAGCGUAAAUAUAUUUGCGCAUUUUCUUCUCAAACUGCAUUCACAUGAUAUGCUAACUCGAGGUCGGGCACAGAGCCUUGCGGUGAAAACAGCUUGUCAGGUGAUGUUUGUAUUGUUACAUCCACUGCUAGCUUGUCAUCUGAUUGGUUGCGCUUUGAAUGUUCAGCGAUAAACAAUGUCAAGUUUACAUAAUUUGAACUUUGGACAAUUUUGAGCGAUGGGAAGCGCCUCCGCGUAGUCUUAACGGCUCCCUACAUAGAAACACAACAUCAACGUUAGCUCAGAGUCAUUUCAACUGUGACAUGUGAAUGCAGCUAAACUCUAAGUACAAAAAAGAAGGUAAAUGGCAAAGCUGUCAAUCAUUGAAAGGGUCGUAGUAGCACACUUGGCAUUUAUUUUUCAAGUGUUCAUUCAAUAAAUGCCAAGUGUGCUGCUACGACCCAAGUUGUUCUCAAUAUAAGCAGUUAAAACCAAAAAGACUCUGCUGGCUAAGGUUUAGCAAGCAGGCUAAUUUAGAGAAUCCUUGAUCCACCAGUUGUAAGUAACUUUAGCUUAAAGCCUGCUAUGUGAAUGUAGCAUUAAACCAGAGGCCAUGGUGGAUGUCAAACGCUCGUGGUUGGACAAUUUAGAGGGAAACUGGGCACCGAGAGUCAAGAGGCAGCUGCUGCUCCUUCAGUCCAGUAGACAGUUUUUUUGAUAUAGGCUACAGUUAAAGUGCUAGAUUCACAGUGACAGACUUCUCGAUCAGUCUUUUCUUCAGCUUUAUGCAACAGUUCAGAGACAGGGACAGACGUCUUGGAGUUGAUUCGUCUGACUCUGAUAAGGGGGGUGGUAGUUAGACUUUUAAAACCAGCUCUUUCCUAACAUCUAACAUGUAAAAAGUGUCUCCCUCUGCUUGGCUUUGCUCUCGCAGGUUCCCUGUUGUGUUCGUCUCCCGCUGUGGCUUUCCUCUUAACGUCUGAUAAGGGUUUAUAGCAUUGGGAUCCUAAUUUAGAUGUCCUAGAUCCAAAUAGUGUGUUUCUUCGUUUGUUCGCUGCACUCACUCAGCUUUCAGGUAACCAGGCCUUCAAAAUAAAAUGCUGUGAAAGACACACUACGCCUUUAGUGAACACUCUGUCGACUCUUUAAUUACGUUUCAGCUCAUAGGAAGUAAAACAAGUUUUCUUUGGAGUAUUAUAUAUUUAGUGAUGCAAGUCUUUUAUUGCAUCUAUGUGUUGAUUAUCACUAACAUUUAACGUACCGCGGAAAAUCAGUAGGCUACUUUUAGUCAUUUUGAGUAAAAAUGGUGGCCCGUGUUUGGACCUGAGGAGAGCAGUUGCAUAGAUAGGAAGUAAUUCGCUCUGAUCGUAUUUCUCUGCUACCUCUUUACAUAUGUGCUUGUUCAUACACACACACACACGCACUUAAAGUCUCAGCCAAACACACAAUACUGACAAAAAAAGCCAGACACUGAACACAACACAGACACGCAGCACAUUUGUGUGCACUUCUUUCUCCUUCACCAGCAGUUCUUUGCCAAUGAUGCACUUGUGCUUUUUUCUCGUAAUACUCAGCAAAAAUAAUCAUCUUAAAAAAAUAAAAUACAAAAAUAUAUUCUAGAGCAAGUCCUGGGGUAGCCAGGUCAGUAGAUAUACAUUUAAAAUUCAUACAGAAAGUUCAAAAAAGCAAACAUUAAUAUAUUGCUCAGCUCAGUUGUACCUCGGUGUGCCUAGAACCCACAGCCUUAUUUUGGGACAAUAUCAGGGGUUUAAUCCAGAAUACAGGACCCUCCGUCUUUGUAUUGCUGACCGUCUCAUUUAGUUUCCGCAGCAGAUCCUUUUCCUCUCUUCAUAUCCACAUAUUUGUCGGUUAUUACAAUUGUUGCAUCGAUUGUAUUCAUUGUGGGAGGGGCUUGUCCUGACUUUUUCUGCUGGUUUAUUCAUUAAUGUAUUCCCCUUGGUUGAUUAUUUGUUUAGGUUGGUAUUUAUAGCCCAAUUGUAAAGUACAAAUCUUACUUUUUCUAAUGAAAUGAUUUUCUUUUAUUUGACUGAAUGUAAGCGUUUUCUUUCCCAGCAGACUGGCCUCCCACAGAAUGAACUAAACUCAUUAUUCGGCAGAACAAAAAGAAACAACUAUAGUUAUGUCCCAAGAUAAGAACCUUUGACCUUCACACACGCACACCACUAUAUGCAGUAAAGCUCACCCGACCUCAGUGCAGGAACGUAGUCUUUUCAACAUACAGCAAACAGUUGCCAUGGCAUCAGUAGCCCUAUAUAUAAAAUAACUAGUGUUAUACAGUACCUUAACCAAUGUCUCUCUUCGUGGUCAAAAUCACCGCCUGUUUUUUUCGUGUCGCUCUUUUUUCUUUUCUUUUUGCUCUUUUUGUCUUUAAAGUUGAUCCAUUGUUCUUUGUUUACAUGCAUUGUAUAUGUAGUAAAAUACUGAUCAUGUUUUGGGGAAAUCACAAAUAAAACAGCUGUACAUAAUGAUGCAAAACAC